CAAUCGUAUCCUGACCGAUCGACAUUGACAAUUCUCAAAGGAAAACAACGCAAGUCUUGUUCACAGGUUCUGACAGGAGUUCCCUCUAGACACCCCCACCUUUUCCAUUGUUUAUAAAGAGCGAGGAACAGUGCGUCACAGCCACAUACCCUCGCCGUUGCAUUAAACGCUGACGGACUUGAAGAUAUCCUUAAGAAUGAAAGGUUUGAGAACUUUUACGGCUUAUACCCUUGCUCUAUUAUUCUUGGCAACAUUCGUUUCUCAGUCCUGGAGUGUCCCGAAGGAUAGCUUUCAGCGAAGAAACUGGACUCCCCAGGCGAUGCUGUACUUGAAGGGCGCGCAGGGACGACGUUUUGUGUCUGAAGACAGAAAAGAAGGGAACAUGUAUGAUGCCAUUCAUUUAGAGACACGCAGUCAGAACACAGAACAACGCAGAGUGUCCCAGGCAGCAUCAGUGCUCCUCGACUUUCUCCAGCAGGCCAGAGAAGAAGCUGAUGAGAACCAGGAACAAGUCUACUUGCAAGAUCUGCCUGCUUGGAAAAGAGAAUACUUCAAAUAAUGCGUCGACUGAUUAAUCUUUAUAGUAUUGAAUGUAUUUCAUUUUUAUUUAAUUGUGUAAUGUAAUAAAACUGAAUUAUGUGGUGUAGCAUUGGAUGUUUUGAAUGUACUAUUAAAGCGCAUUUGCAUUCA